UCAACUGCACAGUGAAUUCAGACAAUUGUCAACAUACAUUAAUUAACGGUAAUCAGCCAUAUACGGUUUCCAUUAAAAGACAUUCAUAUUUUGUGUACGGGAUAAUUAUAACAUGGCGUACUACAACAUUACAUACAUCGCCCUUGUGGUAAUUUUCACCUUUUGCCAAACAGGCAAAACUUCACCAAUACGGAGCAAGGGGGGCAAUUAUAUAUCACCUAUGCAAAAUUUCUUGCUAAUGACCGACAAAUACAGAGUCCAUGACACAGAUGUAAAAUUGGCCGACAACUCCACGACAGACCAAACAAGUAAUCCUGAAACACCCGUUUCCGGAAACAUUACUCUACAAAGUCUCGAAGCAAACAGCACGAAAAGUGAUGACAUCAUAAAUACCCACGCAAAAAUUAGUUCCACAGCGGCACCAUCUGCAGUUGUCUCCACAACUUUAAAUUCUACAACAAACAAAAACCAGAAUUCGAACAGCCCGAAAACUGAUCAACUUUCCGGGGGUACUUCCUGAUCUAGGAGCAAAUUUGCCAAUUUGAUUGGAGCACAAAAAAUCUUAAGAAUUCCGGGAUACAGACCACCCAUGUCUCCUCUGGAUUCUACUCCGAUAUCAGUGUAGGAGCAAAGGGGAAAGGUGCCAUGUUAAAUUCCAAAACGAGGACAAGGAAAUCCAUACAUCAUUUUAUUUACCCUCAUUAGCUUUGUUUGCUGGCGAACAAUAACUAAUGAUUGAUGUCUGACUUGACAACGCAGCUUUUAUUUAUUCAUUUUUAUCAUAUCUUUAUAUUCAUGCGAUUUCAUCAUUAAAUUAUUUAUUUCUUUUUUAAA